AUGGCCAUGGCGAAACAUUCACAUUUUGCUGCUGAAGAUAUUGCACCUUUACACAGACCUGGUAUACUGACCUUUAUACAGAACUGUCUGAGCGAGAAGAGCAACAAGAACAAUAUGUCUGGCGGGGUGAAGGCGCUGUUGUUUGUUCUGGUCCUUGCUCUUGUCGCUGUGGUGGUGCUGGCUGUGGUCAUCGUACAGAUCAGGGACGACAACAAAGACACUAUGAAGGAGACAUCAGACAAGAAUAAAGGCGACAAGAUUGAUGAAGAGAAGCCUCCAAAAACUAGUGACGAAAUUUGCCUGACUCCAACAUGUAUUACAGCAGCGGCUCGUAUACUGAAGAACGUCGAUGCAAGCGUGCACCCUUGUGACGACUUCUAUAAAUUUGCUUGCGGCGGGUGGCUAAAGAAUAAUGAAAUCCCAGAAGACAGAUCUUAUUAUGACGUUUUCUCAGAAGUAGCGGCCGAUGUGAACAGGAAAGUAAAAAGAAUCUUGGAGGAACCGCCAGCAAGUGAUGACCUCCAAGCGGUGACGAGCGCCAGAAACUUAUACCAGUCUUGUCUUGACCUGGACACAAUGAACAAUCGAGGUGACCAACACUUCAAGGAUUGGCUCAAGGCCAAUAUCGGAGACUCUCCUCUUAUCUCUACAUCUUGGAACGAAGCCACGUUUGAUCUCACUGACGUCGUAAUUAACGCCACCAAACAAGGGUCUAGCCUCCUGGUGGGCAUCUAUCCAGAUGUCGACGACAAAAAUUCGAGUGUACACAUAAUGAAGAUAGACCAGCCUGGUUUGGGCAUGCCGGGUCAGAAGUACUACCUGGUCCCCCGAAAUGACACUAUGCUCAUGGCCUACCAGACAUUCAUCUACAGAGUGGCAGAGACCAUGGGGUUUGCAGAUCCCGCCACAGCUCAGCAAGAUGUGGAGGACAUUGUAGAUUUCGAAGUACAGCUGGCACAGGUGAGGAUAAUACGCUAUUUAAGGCGGGACGCAGAAGCCCUGUACAACCCCAUGACCUUGGCAGAAGUCCAUGGAAACUACAGUACGGGAGAAUUCGACUUCAUGCGGUUCGUGACAUCAUUGCUGACAGCCCCAGAAAUAGGAAUUACAGACUUCACAGAAAAUGAAACCAUAAUCAACAUCUCGCCCUCUUACUUUCGAAACUUCACAGAACUCAUCAGGAACACUCCGAAAAGGACGAUAGCUAACUACGUGUACUGGCGAGUCACGAUGGGCUUCUUGGGUUCCUUAACACAAGAAUACAAAGACCAUAGGUUUGAAUACUACAAGGUUGUGUACGGUGUCAAGACAGAAGAGGCACGGGACAAGAUGUGCUCACGUUACACCAGAUAUCAAACAGGCUUCGCCAUCGGCAAAAUUUUUGUCGAGCGGCACUUUGAACCCGAAGCCAAAGCUAUGGCCCUGGAAAUGAUAGCUGGUCUACAGUCUGCUUUUGAUGAACUAGUGAAUGAACUCUCUUGGAUGGACGCGGAGACGAAAAGACUUGCUCAGGAAAAGAACGAAGUCAUUCAGUCCAAGAUUGGUUACCCGGAAUUUGUGAGAAAUGACACGUAUUUAGAGGAGCUUUACUCAAACCUUACAUUUACAAGUGACCAGUACUUUGAAAACAACCUAAUGAUAAUGAAGGAGGGCUAUGGCAGUUGGAUGCGAGUACUAAGGAAGCCAGUGGACACGGACGCGUGGUUCAUGAGUCCCGCCACUGUUAACGCUUACUACUACGCUAUCAACAACGAAAUCGCGUUUCCAGCCGGAAUUCUGCAGCCACCGUUUUUCAGUAAAGACUUUCCAAAGUCCCUCAACUUUGGAGGUAUUGGCAUGGUGAUAGGACAUGAAAUAACUCAUGGCUUUGACGAUAGAGGUAGACAGUACGACAAAAACGGAAACUUGGAGCAGUGGUGGAGCGACUCCGUUAUCCAAAAUUUCAAAGACAAGGCACAGUGUAUUGUGGAUCAGUAUGGCGCUUACGUCAUGGAGGAGGCCGAUAUGAACCUCAACGGAAUCAACACACAAGGAGAAAACAUCGCAGACAACGGAGGACUCAAGCAGGCUUUUAGGGCUUAUAGAAACUGGGUGAACGCAAGAGGAAAAGAGGAACCAAUCUUACCUGGACUACCUUACUCAAACGAUCAGCUGUUUUUCAUCAAUCAGGCACAGGUUUGGUGUAAUCUGGAAAGAAGAGAGUCUGUUAUACAACUUAUCAGAUCGGGUGUCCAUAGUCCAGGGCAGUAUAGAGUGAUUGGUCCAAACCAGAAUUCUGAGGACUUCUCCCGAGUGUUCAGUUGUCCCAAAACGUCAUUCAUGAACGCGGAAAAGAAGUGCCAAGUGUGGUAG